GAGAGAUGAGCAGCUCACCGUAUUUCUCUUCUUUACUUUAGUGAAAGUUUAUUGUUUUCAUCAGGUUCAGGGCUACUUGUGCAUCUUUUCUUGCUUCUUUCUACAGAAAGAUAUAUAUAAUAUAGUUUUUUUUUUUUUUUGGCAGAUACUUUACUCUUCCCUCACAGUAGUUGGGAUGUAUUGACAGCAAUAAAUGUAGGACUAUCUUCAUCAGUUUACAAGUGAAGACAAGCAUCAAAUCAUCAGAAGAGCUGAAAUCUGUAACUACUGAGUUUAUUAAAGAGGACAGAGAGAAGAUGAGCGAUCCAGAGCCCUGCAGAAUCAAACACACUGAAGAUACUCAAGAACAAACAGAGCGGAUGGAAGGGAACGAGGAGAGUGAGGUGGAGGAGAAACACAAUGACAAACCUGGAGAAAAGCCUUUCAGUCGCUUAAAUACUAAUACAAUAUUUUUAAAGAAAAGAAGAGCCAAGAAAUCUUUCACCUGCACUCAGUGUGGAAAGAUUUUCUCAUGGAAAGACAGUCUUGUGCUUCACAUGAGAGUUCAUACUGGAGAGAAACCAUACACAUGUGAUCAGUGUGGGAAGAACUUCACACAAUCAGCACACCUUAAGAGACACAUGAACAUCCACACCGAAGAGAAGCCGUUCACAUGUGAUCAGUGCGGAAAAACAUUUUUGUGUGCUUCAUACCUGAAGAAACACUUGAAAGUUCAUAUGAAGGAGAAGCCACAUUCAUGUUCUGAAUGUGGAAAGAGUUAUUCACUUCCGCAAAGUUUAAAUGUACAUCAGAAAAAACAUACUGGUGUGAGAGAGUACAUGUGCUUUGAGUGUGACAAGACUUUUAUUUCAGCGAGCAAUUUAAAACAGCAUGAGAGGAUUCACACUGGAGAGACACCAUACAAGUGUUCACACUGUGACAAGAGAUUCAGAGCGUUAGUAAGUAUGAAAUCACAUGAGUGGAUCCACACUGGAGAGAAGCAACACACAUGUGAUCAUUGCGGGAAGAGUUUUGUUUAUAAAAGUCACCUAAAGAGACACAUGAAGAUCCAUGUAGUGGAAAAAACACUUAGUGAAGAAACCAGUUAGUUUCCUAACAGUCAUGAUGAGCAACAGGAUGUUGG